AUGGUUGCGGAUCAUAGUAAACUACCACCUCAUUUUAUCGGUGGAAACUCUAUUGAUGUAGCUCCUCAAGGGCCAGUUAGAGAUUUUGUAGUUGCCAAUGAAGGUCAUACAGUGAUUACAAAAAUAUUGAUUGCUAACAAUGGUAUGGCUGCUAUGAAAGAGAUUAGAUCAGUACGUAAAUGGGCAUAUGAGACUUUUGGCAAUGAACGUGCCAUUGAAUUCACCGUUAUGGCUACACCUGAAGAUUUAAAAGCUAAUGCUGAAUAUAUUCGUAUGGCAGAUAAUUAUGUUGAAGUCCCUGGUGGAUCUAAUAAUAAUAACUAUGCUAAUGUUGAAUUAAUUGUUGACAUUGCCGAAAGAACAGCUGUACAUGCCGUUUGGGCUGGUUGGGGUCAUGCUUCAGAAAAUCCUCGUUUACCAGAAAUGCUUGCAAAAUCCAAGUACAAAUGUCUUUUUAUUGGUCCUCCAGCAUCAGCUAUGCACUCGCUUGGUGAUAAAAUUUCAUCUACAAUUGUUGCACAAAGUGCUGAUGUGCCUACAAUGGGUUGGAGUGGUGAUGGUAUUACUGAAACAAUAAAAGAUAAGGAAGGACAUGUAGUUGUACCAGAUUCAGCAUAUAAGAAAGCUUGUGUGAAUUCAGCUGAAGAGGGUUUAGCUGCUGCAAAGAAGAUUGGUUUCCCUGUUAUGAUCAAGGCAUCAGAAGGUGGUGGUGGUAAAGGUAUUCGUAAAGUAGAUAGUCCUGAACAAUUUACUAGUUGCUUCUCUCAAGUCCAAGGUGAAAUUCCUGGCUCCCCUAUUUUUAUUAUGAAAUUAGCAGGUAACGCAAGACAUUUAGAGGUUCAACUUUUAGCUGAUGAAUAUGGUAAUGCAAUCAGUUUGUUUGGCAGAGAUUGUUCUGUUCAACGUCGUCACCAAAAAAUUAUUGAAGAAGCUCCAGUUACGAUUGCUAAAACUGAUGUUUUUGAACAAAUGGAGAAAGCUGCAGUUCGUCUUGCCAAAUUAGUCGGAUAUGUCUCCGCUGGUACUGUUGAAUAUCUUUAUAGCCAUUAUGACGAAAAAUUCUAUUUCUUGGAAUUGAAUCCUAGAUUACAAGUUGAACAUCCUACUACUGAAAUGGUUUCUGGUGUUAAUUUACCUGCUGCUCAACUUCAAAUUGCUAUGGGUAUUCCUCUUUAUCGUAUUCGUGAUAUUCGUGUUCUCUAUGGAGUUCAGCCUAAUAGUGCUUCUGAAAUCGAUUUUGAUUUUGUUAAUCCUGCCUCCCUUCAAAGUCUUCGUCGCCCUACUCCUAAGGGCCAUGUUAUCGCUGUCCGUAUUACUGCAGAGAACCCUGAUGCUGGCUUUAAGCCCUCAUCUGGUAUUAUGCAUGAACUUAACUUCCGUUCUAGUACAAAUGUAUGGGGCUAUUUCUCUGUUGUUACUUCAGGUGGCCUCCAUGAAUAUGCUGAUUCUCAAUUUGGUCACAUUUUUGCAUACGGUGAGAAUCGUCAACAGGCACGUAAGAAUAUGGUCAUUGCAUUAAAGGAGCUCUCUAUUCGUGGUGAUUUUAGAACAACUGUAGAAUAUAUUAUCCGUCUUUUAGAAACAGAAGAAUUUGCCGAUAAUACGAUUAAUACAGGCUGGCUCGAUAUGCUGAUCUCUAAAAAAUUAACUGCCGAACGUCCCGAUACUAUGUUGGCUGUCUUUUGUGGUGCUGUCACCAAGGCCCAUUCUCUUUCCAUUGAAAGCUGGAAUGCAUGUAAACAACAUUUAGAGAGAGGUCAAGUUCCUAGUAAAGAUGUACUCAAAACUGUUUUCACUAUUGAUUUUAUUUAUGAAAAUAUACGUUACAACUUUACUGUCACUCGCUCAGCUCCUGGACUUUAUACAUUAUACCUCAAUGGUACUAAAACUCAAGUUGGUGUCCGUGAUCUCUCAGAUGGGGGUCUCUUGAUCUCUCUUGACGGCAAAUCUCAUACUACUUAUUCAAGGGAAGAGGUACAAGCAACACGUUUGAUGAUUGAUGGUAAGACUUGCCUUUUGGAGAAAGAAAGUGAUCCUACUCAAUUAAGAAGCCCCUCCCCUGGUAAAUUGGUCAAUCUGCUUUUAGAAAAUGGAGAUCAUGUAAAGGCAGGUCAGGCAUAUGCUGAAAUCGAGGUCAUGAAAAUGUAUAUGCCCUUGAUCGCAACAGAGGAUGGUCAUGUUCAAUAUAUUAAACAAGUUGGCGCUACCCUUGAAGCUGGUGAUAUCAUUGGUAUUUUAGCAUUGGAUGAUCCUAGUCGUGUGAAGCAUGCUCUUCCUUUUACUGGUCAAAUACCUGUUUUCAACUCACCUUACAAUUAUGGUGAAAAGCCUCAUCAAAGACUUCAAGCCGUCAAGGCCUCUCUUGAAAAUAUUAUGCAAGGUUAUGAUAAUCAAGCGCUUGCACAGACUGCAUUAAAAGAAAUGACAGAGAUUCUUCGAGACCCUCAACUUCCUUAUUCUGAAAUGAAUUCUGAAAUGUCUGUUCUAUCUGGUCGUAUCCCUACUCGUCUUGAAAAUGCCUUACACAAUCUCAUUAACAAAUAUCAACAAGAGGAAAAGCCUUUCCCUGUAGCUGAACUCAAUGAUUUGAUUGAAGAAUUUGCCAACACUAAUAUUCACUCUCAAUCAGAUCUCAUUGCCUACAAAAAUUCCGUCAUACCUAUCACAACUGUAUUAGAACAAUACAAGAAUGGACUUAAAUAUCAUGAAUACUCAGUAUAUGUUCAAUUAUUAGAACAAUACUAUGAUGUUGAAAUUUUGUUUAGUGGUCAGUUCCGUGAGGAAGAGGUGGCUCUUCAUCUUCGUGAUCAAUACAAGGAUAAUUUAGACAAAGUAGUCGAGAUAAUUCUUUCUCAUUCCAAGAUCGCUAGCAAAAACAAUUUGGUUUUAAUGAUGCUUGACAUUAUCUAUCCAUCAUCUGUUGGUGGUACACUUGAUAAAUACUUUUUGUCAAUCCUCAAACAGUUAUCUGAAAUUGAUAGUCGUGCUACUCAAAAGGUGACUCUUAAGGCUCGUGAACUCUUAAUCCUCUGCCAAAUGCCCUCAUAUGAGGAACGUCAAGCUCAGAUGUAUCAAAUCCUCAAGAAUUCAGUUACUGAACGUGUUUAUGGUGGAGGUAUUGAAAGCCGUACCCCUAACCUUGAGGCUUACAAGGACUUGAUUGAUACCAAAUUUAAUGUCUUUGACGUGUUACCCAGCUUCUUUUAUAAUGAAGAUCCUUAUAUUGCACUCGCUGCUAUCGAAGUCUAUUGUCGUCGUUCUUAUCAUGCAUAUAAGAUUUUAGACGUUGCUUACAAUCUUGCCGAACGCCCUUAUAUCUUUGCUUGGAAAUUCCUUUUGGGUAAUGCCUCCUAUGGCUCAGAUGAUAAGCGUAUUGCCUCUUACUCUGACUUGACUUUCUUGUUGAACAAGACAGAGGCCGAACCUAUUCGUACAGGUGCUAUGACCGCUGUCCGCUCCCUGGAAGAAUUAGCUACCGAGUUGCCUCGUAUCUUGACUGCCUUUAUAGAAGAUAAAAAGGAUGGACGUAUGGAAAAUAUCUUGAAUAUAGCUAUUCAAAGUAGCACUGAAUACGACAAUGCUUAUUGGCAACCCAAGAUUAAGGAAGUUGUCAAGUCUCAUGUAGAGAAGUUCCGUCAAGCCCAUUUGCGUCGUUUGUCAAUUAUCGUAUGUCGUCCUGAUCAAUGGCCUGACUAUUUCACCUUUAGAGAAAGUCAAAAUUAUGAAGAGGAUGAAACAAUUCGUCAUAUUGAGCCUGCUAUGGCCUACCAACUUGAGUUGGCACGACUCUCUAACUUCAAUAUUAAGCCAGUGACGAUCGAAACAAGACAAUUGUAUGUUUACUAUGCUGUUGCUAAAGAAAACCCCUCAGACUGUCGAUUCUUUAUUCGUGCUUUAGUUCGUCCUGGUCGUGUCAAGGACUCAAUGCGUACCGCCGACUAUCUUAUCUCUGAGAGUGAUCGUUUAUUGAAGGAAAUCUUGGAUACACUUGAGAUUGUCUCUCACGAAUACAAGAAUUCAGAUUGUAACCAUCUUUUCAUCAACUUUAUUCCUACUUUUGCUAUCGAAAUCAAUGAAGUCGAACAGGCAUUAACUGAUUUUGUGGAUCGUCAUGGUAAACGUUUAUGGAAACUUCGUGUGACAGGUGCUGAAAUUCGUUUCAACAUUCAACCCAAGCAUCCUAAUCAGGCCCCUAUCCCGAUUCGUUUCGUUGUCGAUAAUGUCUCUGGGUUUGUCCUGAAGGUAGACAUCUAUCAAGAGGUCAAGUCAGAAAAGAACGAAUGGGUACUCAAGUCCCUGGGCCGUGUUACUGGCACCAUGAACAUGCUACCUGUCUCUACACCUUACCCUACGAAAGAAUGGCUUCAACCUCGUCGAUACAAGGCUCAUCUUAUGGGUACCACCUAUGUUUAUGAUUUCCCCGAGCUUUUCCGUCAGGCCACUCAAAACCAUUGGAGUCAAUAUUUGCGUCAUCAAAAGAAAUUAGGUAACAAACUCAAAUUAACUAUGCCCUCUCAAAUCAUGGAAGCUGUAGAACUUGUCUUGAAUGAAGAAACCAAUGAACUUCACGAAUUAAAUCAACCCCAUGGUACAAAUACUGUAGGUAUGGUAGCCUGGAUCGUAACCCUUCGUACCCCGGAGUACCCCAAUGGCCGUCGUCUGAUUGUGAUUGCUAAUGACAUUACCUUCAAGAUCGGUUCCUUUGGUGUCGCGGAAGAUAACGUCUUCUUUAAGGCCUCCGAAUUAGCUCGCAAGUUGGGUAUCCCUCGUAUUUAUCUCUCUGCUAAUUCGGGUGCUCGUAUUGGUCUUGCUGAAGAAUUGAUGAAUAAAUUUAAUGUUGCCUGGAAUGAAGCCGGUAACCCUGCCUCAGGUUUCAAAUAUCUCUAUGUCACGCCUGAAGAUUAUCAACUUUUAAAUUCGACCGAUAAUAGUGAAAAGCAAAGCUUCAUUGCUGAAGAGAUUGAAGAUGAGGGAGAAAAGAGAUAUCGUAUUACGGAUAUUAUUGGUUUGACGGAUGGCUUGGGUGUUGAAAAUUUGAAGGGAUCUGGAUUGAUUGCGGGUGAAACCUCUCGUGCCUAUGAUGAUAUCUUUACAAUCACGCUAGUUACCUGCCGUUCAGUAGGUAUUGGUGCUUACCUUGUCCGUCUAGGCCAACGUACAAUUCAAAACGAGGGACAACCGAUCAUCUUAACCGGUGCCCCCGCCUUAAAUAAGGUAUUAGGUCGUGAAGUUUACACCUCUAACUUACAAUUGGGUGGUACUCAAAUUAUGUAUAAAAACGGUGUCUCUCAUUUGACAGCAGAGAAUGAUCUUGAAGGUAUUGAUAAGAUCAUUCAAUGGCUCUCCUAUGUCCCAGCUAUUCGUGGGGGACCUCUUUCGAUGUCCCUGGGCUUUGACCCCGUAGAUCGUGAGAUUGAAUAUAUGCCACCCAAGGGACCUAGUGAUCCUCGUCUGUUUUUAGCUGGUAAAUAUAAUAAUGAUGAUACAUGGAUAAGCGGGUUCUUUGAUGAAGGAUCAUUUACGGAGACCUUAUGUGGAUGGGCUCGUACGGUUGUGGUGGGUCGUGCACGCUUAGGUGGUAUCCCGAUGGGUGUGAUCGCUGUCGAGACACGUACGGUUGAGAACAUUGUACCUGCAGAUCCUGCUAAUGCUGAUUCUACUGAACAAGUCUUUAUGGAAGCUGGUGGUGUUUGGUUCCCCAACUCUGCUUACAAGACGGCUCAAGCGAUUAACGAUUUCAACAAGGGAGAAGAAUUACCAUUGAUGAUCUUUGCCAACUGGCGAGGUUUCUCGGGUGGACAACGUGAUAUGUAUAACGAAGUAUUGAAAUACGGUGCUCAAAUCGUAGAUGCCCUUAGAAAUUAUAAACAACCUGUCUUUGUCUAUAUCAUUCCUAAUGGUGAGCUUCGUGGCGGUGCCUGGGUCGUUGUCGAUCCUACCAUCAAUAAGGACAUGAUGGAGAUGUAUGCUGAUAGACAAGCUCGUGGUGGUGUCCUUGAGCCUGAAGGUAUUGUUGAAAUCAAGUACCGUAAACCUCAAUUAUUGGCAACGAUGGCUCGCUUAGAUGAACGUUACAGUGAUUUAAAGAAGCGUUUAGAAUCCGCAACUGAUCUCCCUGCUGAAGAAAAAGCUGAGCUUAAACGUCAACUCGAAGUCCGUGAACAAGAGCUAUUACCUGUCUAUCAACAGGUAGCUAUUCAAUUUGCUGAUCUUCAUGACCGCACGGGCCGUAUGAAGGCUAAAGGUGUGAUUCGUAAAGCUCUUGAAUGGCGUCACGCUCGUACCUAUUUCUACUGGCGUGUCCGUAGAAGACUAAACGAAGAAUAUUUAAUUCGUGACAUCCAAGCUGCGACAGAUGGACGAUUAAGCCGUACAGAAAUGAUGAACCUUAUUCAAGUAUGGUUCAAGGCCGACAUUACUACAGGCGACGAAAAUGAUGAAAAAUGUGUAUCUGAAUGGUUUGAUCGUUAUAAGGAACACAUUCAACAUCGUGUCUCUGAGUUAAAGAGCGAGACAUUAAAAGAAAAAGUUAUUCAACUUGGACUCGAAGAUAACUCGGCUAUUAUUGAAGGUUUUAGAAAAUUACUAUUACAGAUGAGACCUGAAGAUCGUGAAAAAGCAAGAGACAAACUUGCAUUCUUAUUUUAA